GGAACUACCCCCCAGCACCUCCCUACCCAACGCUAAGAUGGUGUGUGCUACCUACAAGACCGUGUUCGCCAUGAUGGCCGCCAUUGCUCUCGGCACGGCCGAGGCCGGUGUCGGUGUCUGCUACGCCCCGUGGCACCACACCACCGUGACGGAGGACGUCCUCAAGUCCGACAUGAAGCAGAUCUCGCAGUACUUCUCGAGCUUCCGCACGUUCGAGACGCGCAUGAGCGGCCUCAACAUCAUCGACGUAGCCGCCUCGGCCGGCGUCAAGGUCGCUGUCGGUGUGCAGAUGAACGACCUGUCCGGCGUUGACGCCGAGAUCCAGGCCGUGUGCGACGGCUACAAGCGCAACCCCAGCGCCGUCGAGACUGUGUGGGUCGGCAACGAGAACCUGCAGAACAACGGCUUCGGCACGGUCAGCGCCGACCAGCUUGUGGGCUACAUCCAGAAGGUCAAGGAGUGCACCGGCAACGCCGUGCCUGUCGGCACCGUGCAGCGCAUUAACGAGUGGAACUCGGCCAGCGGUGCCGACAAGGUGUGCGGCGCCUCUGACAAGUGCGGCGUCAACAUCUACCCGUUCUUCACCCAGGGCGAGCUGAAGCCCGUCGACAAGCUUCAGGCCCAGUGGGAGCAGGUGACGUCCAAGUACAGCGCCGACAAGCUCCAGCUGACGGAGACCGGCUGGCCCUCGGCCGGCGAGCAGUACAUGGGCAACAGCCCGUCGCUCGAGACCAUGCAGCAGUACCUGGACGACUUCAAGACCUGGUCGGCCGACAAGGGCCAGUCGUACUGGUUCAUGAUGUACGACACGACCACCAGCUACUCGGGCGCCGAGUACGAGAAAGCUUUCGGUGUCUUCAACUCGGACGGCACGCCCAAGGUCUCGAUCCCCGGCGGCCUGAACUCGGGUUCGCAGACCCAGGGCUCCCAGACUCAGGGCUCGCAGACCCAGGGCAGCCAGCCUGCCGGUGAGGUCCCCGCCGGCACGCCGGCCCCGGAGGCCCCUGCCGCCACCCCGGUUGCCACCGACGGCGGUGACAACACCCAGCAGACCGAGGGCACGCCCGCUCCCGAGUACGCUGUGGACGUCCCGGAGGUGCGUUACCCUGAAUCGACUCCGGCUCCGACCACCCCCACGGCCGACUACCCCGAUGUGAGCGUGCCGGAGACGCCCGUUGCCGACGCCACCCCGGCACCGACCACGCCUACCGACGAGAUCCCGGCCGUCGAGACGCCCGUGCAGGACACUCCCGUGCAGGACACUCCCGUGCAGGACACUCCCGUGCAGGACACUCCCGUGCAGGACACUCCCGUGCAGGACGUGCCCGCCGUGACUCCCGCUGCCCCCACGCAGGUCUCGUCCGGCAAGGACUGCGCCAUGUAAGUGUCUCGACGUCUUGCCGGUCGUUGAUGAAAACGGCCUGGCAUCGUAGAUGGAAACACACAGUACAGCUAGUGCUAUGUAGGAGCGCGUAGCGGAGGUGCAUAACGAAAAAUCAAAAACAGCGUUUGUACA